AUGUCGUCGGCCAACAAUACACUUGGUAAUACAUUUACUAAAGAAAGUUUAACAGUUCUAAGAUUUUUUGAGACAAAUUGUUUGAAUGAAUACAGCCAGAUAGCGACAUUUUCCAACAAAUGUAGAGAAACGUAUAUUUUCAGAAGUGGAGGAUGGACAUUCACCGGUUGAACAGGAGAGGUUAGACAAGUGCUUCGGUGCCUGAAAAAAUAAUCAUCUUUUCAGUGUACCCCUCACAUCUUCUGUACUAGACAAAAGUAAAAGUCUCUUUGGCAAGUCGUCGUCAGUGUUUUCCGUACGUUCCUCGCUUUUUCAAGAUAUAUCGAUUUAUUUCACAGGCUGCGGCUGCUCGAGAACCAACGCCUGAAGCACACAGCGGAGAGUCAAGCGCAGCCAACGAUUCUCUAGUUGCCAUGGAAGCUGGAGUAGAGGAGCAAACACCCGUUGAUACAACCCCAACCAACGCGGAAAAUGAGUCUGCAACGCACAAAGAGAGGGCUGAGCAGCCAGACGAAGAGCCGAUGGACAACGUUGCGCAGCUUACGCCUGAGCCGGAGAAUACCAAUAAGCCUGAGCAAGAAGAUGAAGUUUUUGAGAAAAAGAUAAUUUCAAUGGACACCAGCAGAGAAAACGGGGAAGCUCUCGAAACUGCUGAAGAGAUGGAAACAGAAAUAAAUGGAGAGGAAAGAGAAGAAGAAGAGGAUGAGGAUGAUGCUGAGGACGAAGAAGAAGAGGAGGCUCCAAAGAAAAAGGCGAAGGUGUGUUAUUUUCUCAAUUCUGUUUGCUCUAAUUAGUGAAAUUUAGCGAACUGUUCUCUCUGAAGACGCAGAUGAUGAUGAUGAUGAGCAAGAGGAGGAAGAACAGGAAGAGGAACAAGCCGAUGAGCCCGAAAUUGUGGCUGCUGACCAACCUGCUCUAGAAGAAGGUGAACAGGAAGAUGAUUCGGAAUCUCUUGUGAUCGACGAAUCCGCGGAGAAGUCGGUCACCCCUCCCGAAGACGAUGCUGCUCCAGAAGCGCAACCGACUGAAGAAGUAGAGGAACCAGAGAAAGAGGAACCAGAACAAGAGGAACCAGAACAAGAAGAGCAGCAGGAGGAAGAGACGUCUUCUACUCGUCGUACACGCGGAAGAAGGUUCUCUGCAGCUGCAUCCGCCCCAACUUCGUCGUCUGCGACACUUAAACGUGCAACAAGAGGUCGUGCAUCGCAAGGAAAGAAGGAGGAACACAAGGACGAGCAGCCAGUUGAAGAGAAAAUAACUAAUAAGCGAGGAAAAGCGUCGAGAAGCAGCAAAAAAGAAGAAGAGGCCCCAGAACCUGAAGACUCUGAGGAUGUUGGAGACGAUCAAGAUGAGGUGGCUCCCGUUGAAGAAUCGCCCAAAAAGGGAAGAGCAAGAAGAUCCGCUGCCAAAAAGGAGGAAGAGUCUGCUGAGGAGGCACAGGAAGAAGAGGAACCUGAAGCCGAGACUCCUAAGAAAGGAGGUCGAGGCAGACGUUCUGCCGCUGCUGUUACGCCAGCCACUCCACGACAAACAAGAGGAAAAGGUAAACAGUCGAAUAUCGUUGAACAAGAAGAAAAAGAAGAUGAGGAGAUUGAGGAAGAACAAGUAAAAAAGACGAGAGGUCGAAAGCCACCUGCGAAAGUUGAAGAGGUUGAGGAUGGAGAAGAAGAGGACGAAGAAGAGGAAGGAGAAACCGCCGAAGCCGAAGAAGCCGGGCCAUCGACAUCUUCCAGGAGAUCUGCUAGAACCAGGACUACUCCGAAGUCGGCUCCCAUUACUCCCGCGUCUAAGCGCACUCCGGCUCGUGGUGGUCGAAAGAAGCAAACUUCGCUGACUGAAGAUGUCAUCGAGGAGGAAGGCGAAGAAACGACUGAGACUCCACAUGCAAAGAAGGGACGAAGUGGAACAAGAAGCGCUCCUUCGUCGAGCAAGAAAAAGAAUGAGUUCGAUCCGUACGACAUGGACACUGAAAUGGAGCACCAUCCGGAUCCACUAAAGAAUAUUCAGGUAUCCAGUGAAUUAAUCGAAAUCUCAAAUCUCAGAGGAAGUGUUUAGGUCGAGGUGCAAAGUUUUGGAACAGUCAAGUACGGUCGAGUCGGAUCUUCCGCCCCCAAAUAUUCAAUGACUGAAAAGUCCGCUGUCUCUCUGAUGCCAGGUUUGAAGUCAAUAUUGGCAGAUGCCGUCAAACAAUAUUUUUCAGCUACUUCUAACUCGAAGAAUCGCCGUUCUCUCGCUGAUAUGACCCCGUCCAAAGAAAAAGCGAAGGUGAAGGCGCCAGUUGCGUCAGGAGGAAGGAAGCCUAGAGCAAAGAAGGAGGGUAACGAGGAACCGGAAGACGUCGAGAUGGAGGAGCUCGAACAGCCGACCCCAUCGGCGACUCCAGCUUCCGCUAAUCGUGGAAGAAAGAGAAAAAGUGAGGCAGCUGCCAUAACUCCGGCCAAGAAACAGGCGUCCAUCAUAAAUAAGCAGCUGAGCGACGAGGAACAACUACGUGUCGAUCAGCCGCAAGAUGAUAAUGAGCCGCACGCUCCGGGAUCUCGUGUCUAUGCUGUUUUCCAAAAAACCUUCUACCCAGCCGUCAUCGUUGCCGACCGCGAUGGCCUCGGACGAUUCAAGCUGCAGUUCACUGCUGAUAAUGUGGUUAAAGACGUUCCGAAUGCAGGAAUUAUACCGCUCCGUGCAGUCACUACUGGAAAGACGGCGAUUUUUGAAGAGAAUGACGUUCGAGUCAAUGUCCCGCCUAGCGACUUCAGUGCGAAAGAGUGGGCCAAAGGGCAGCUCACCAUUGGAUUGCUCGACGAUGAAGAAGUGCCGACUGGCGAAGUGAAGACUGUCGACUGGAAAGAGCUGUCAUUCGAUCAGGCGGAAUGGCGCGAUUACAUUAAAAUCAAAGAGCAAACCGCUACCGCCAUCACUGCUUCCAACAUCGCUUCCUUCGGUGAAACCCAUCGUGUUCGAAAGCCGGUCCUCACUAAUCCGACACCAAAGCCGAAAGGCCGCAAGAAGGUCGAAGGUCUAGUUCAGUCGAGAGGUGCCUCGACUCCAAGAGAUGACGACGAGGACGACGUUUUGCCCAUGGAUGAGAAAGGCGUCGGAAAAAGCAUUUUUGCCGGAAAGCUGUUUAUGCUCACUUCUGCUAAUCGUUCGGCGACGUCGCCCACUCCGCCUGUGUUCAGGAAGAAAAAUCUGACCAGCUUCCUGGUUGAGAACGGAGGAAUUGUGGUUGAGCAACUGGACGUAAGUUAUUGAGAGACUACAGACGUCUGAUGUCGGUUUGAGGACUUUCAGGGAAGUCAUCCGAAUCUGACACCGAUCCUCAUCUCAGACACCUUCUAUCGUACACACAAGUAUUUGGCAGCGCUUGCGAGAGGUAUUCCGUGCGUAAAGAACGUUUGGCUCCAAGAAUGUGGAGAGCGAGGCGAAUGCAUCGAUUUCAAAGACUUUGUCCUGCCUGCCGGCACUUCUAUCUACAUAGAAGGCCAAGAAAUGCCAGCGUGAGUUAUUUUGUGAAUAGUGACUGAAUAAAAUUCCUUAAUUCAAGGCCAGAAAACCCUUCGGAACUUCUCGCCGGAAAAACUAUUUAUGUGCAUUCUACGCACGAUGCCCGCGAGCUCACUCAAACCGGGCCGGGUGGGACGUUCGUCGAGAUUUGGAAGCCAAUCCUGCACUUACUCGGAGCAAACACCGUUGAAAAUGACUGGAGAACCCUCGAGGAAACACAUCUUCAAUUCGACGUCGUUCUUGUCGAUGGAACAUUCGAACCACAAGUGAUGACCUACGCCGACAAGAUCGGAGCGAGCAAGGUCACUUCCGAAUGGGUCAUUCAGGUACUCUAAAAUGAUAUGUGCUCUCUCUCUCUCUCAUUAACUGUUUUCAGACUAUAAUGCUAAGCGGCGCACCGGAUCCGAAGUCGCAUCAAAAGUUCAACCCGUACUGCUUGAAUCAUCGCAACGCACGCUAUCUACGCAAUCCCCGCUAA